AUGUUCAACCUUAACGUGUUUACCGUGCUUGCCAUACUAGCAGUUACAAACAGCAAGGCCUCCUUCACGCCGGGCCAGCUGGCGAUUUUUCACGAAUCGGUUGGACCAUGCAGUGAAAGGUUGAACAUUCCCGACUACCUGCACUUGGAGGAACGCAUCGAGGACUUUGAUCCGACCCUGGUGGAUGACCAGUUCAAAAAGUUUCUGCUCUGCCUGCUCAGCGGAAUGAAACUGGUCGAUGAACACGGAGCUGUGCGACACGAUGAAGUCGUGACAUUUUCGAAAGAUGGACAAGACGUUUCAAGUCUUCACAAGGCGUUGGACGGAUGUACUGAGGAGAAGGACACCCCGGAGGAGAAAGUAUUUCAUUUUUAUCAUUGCUUUUUCAAGCAAAAGUUCUUCACAGUGUAA